AUAGAAAAAUAAAAAGGAAAAUCAAAUGGCUAUUGCAGCGAUGGGCUUUGCAGUUUCCCCCAAUGGAUUUUCCAUAUUUUCUGCAAAUCUCUCGAGACACGAAGAAGACGGUUCGGAUAUGGCGACGUUACUUCUUCCUAGUUCUCUUCAUAAGUGGCGUAUGGUCAUUGCAUACGACGGAAAGAAGUUUGCAGGUUGGCAAUUCCAAGCAUCACCACCAACAAUACAGUGCUUUAUCGAAAAAGCCUUAACACGCAUCACAAAACUUGAUCGUAAGCAGCUUUGUUUGGCUGGCGCAAGCAGGACUGAUGCUGGUGUUCAUGCAUGGGGUCAGGUUGCACACUUUGUAACUCCUUUUAAUUAUGAUUGCUUGGAGACUCUUCAUGCUGCACUUAAUGGCCUUCUUCCAUCUGAAAUCCGAGUGCGGGAAAUCAGUCCAGUAGGUCUUGAGUUUCAUGCUCAGUUCUCCGCAAUCAGUAAGCUAUAUCAUUACAAGAUCUAUAACAAUCCUGUCAUGGAUCCAUUUCAAAGUAAUUAUGCCUACCAUUGUGGUUAUAAACUCAACCCAGUUCUCAUGAGGGUGGCUGCAUCAUAUUUUGUUGGGGGGCAUGACUUCACCUCUUUCGCUAAUGCAUCACGCAACAAUGGAUUUGUCAAUCCAGUGAAGGAAAUCCUCCGCUUCCAUGUCAAAGAAAUGGGUCCUGUUUUACAAAUUGAGGUUGAAGGUACAGGUUUGUACAGACAAGUUAGGAACAUGGUUGCAUUGUUGAUUGAGAUUGGCCGUGAAACACUACCGCCGGAUGUGGUGAUGGAUAUCUUAGCUGCUUGUGACCGCCGAGAGCUUGCAAAGUUUGCAAUGUCAGCGCCUCCCCAGGGGCUUCGUCUCAUGUCUGUUAAUUACAGUGAUGAUAUUCUGAAAGCUCCUGCAGGCUGCCCUGCUGUUAGUUUUGGCAGGCCUCAAACUGCGAGUAAAUGCAAACUCCCUUUUUACUGAAAUGUUGUGGGAACAUUUUAUUUUCUUUUCGACAAAUUUGGAUUAUUUGCAUCCUUGGCGCCUCAAUUUAGCCUCACAAUUCAUCAAGAUAGAUCAGUCAUGUAUCCAGGCCAAUCAAUUCAUCCCAUCAACUUAACCAACUAAUUCAAUAGGCCAAUUCGACUUGUCAUCUACAGCAGGUCAUGUUGCGAGUUCUCCCAUAAAGAGGUCGUCCGGCCACUCAUCGGAUUAAUCUAUUCUGUACUUUAUUUCGUAUACCGUAUAAUAUAUUGUUUAUUUAUUGUAUAGUAUUUUAUUUUGCAUACCUCAUGCCAACUCAAUUUAUAAACAGAGAUGGCUGCCAUUAGGUAUGGGAGAAGGAAUCUGGAGUCGUGAGAAGAAUAAUUCCUUGAGAUUCUAUGGGCAACUCUUUGUAAGCACUCCUAUAUUAAUAAAAUUCCAGUAGAUUUUU